UUUUGACGAUGGCGGUGCGCUGGGGCAUCGUGUCAGUCGGUUUUAUCUCCAGCGACUUCACGACCGUGCUGCGAACGCUGCCUCGCUCCGAGCACCAGGUGGUGGCGGUAGCAGCCCGAGACCUGAGCCGGGCGGAGGAGUUUGCGAGGAAACAUGACAUCCCCAAGGCCUAUGGGUCCUAUGAGGAGCUGGCCAAAGACCCGAAUGUGGAGGUGGCCUACAUCGGCACCCAGCAGGUCCAGCACAAGGCGGCAGUGCUGCUAUGUCUGGCAGCGGGCAAGGCCCUUCUGUGCGAGAAGCCCAUGGGCACGAACUCUGCAGAAGUUCGCGAAAUGGUUGCUGAAGCCCGAUCUCGAGGCCUCUUUCUCAUGGAGGGCAUCUGGACACGCUUCUUUCCUGCUAUAGAAGCUCUGAGGUCGGCUGUGUCUCAGGGAACUCUGGGAGAUCUCCGGGUGGCUCGGGCAGAAUUUGGGAAGGACCUCACCAGCAUACCCCGGAUCAUAGACAAGGCCCAGGCUGGCAGUGCCCUGUUGGACUUUGGUAUCUACUGUGUCCAGUUCAUCUCCAUGGUCUUUAGUGGGCAGAAACCCGAGAAGAUUUCAGCCAUAGGCAGGCUCUAUGAAACAGGAUCCUGGGAUCGCAACCUGAGCCGAAACCAAGAGUCCAACACACAACCGGCUGAGCCAGGUGUGGAUGAUACGGUCACCGUGCUCCUCCAGUACCCAGGAGAGCUCCAGGCCAGCUUUACCUGCAGCAUCUGUGCUCUGCUCUCCAAUACGGCCUCAGUGAGUGGCACCAAGGGCAUGGCCCAGGUCCUCGAGCCCUGCUGGUGCCCAACAGAGCUGGUGGUGAAGGGAGAGCAUAAGGAGUUCCCGCUGCCCCCAACCCCAGGCAAGGAGCUCAAUUUUCCAAAUGGAGCGGGCAUGGUUUAUGAGGCCAAGCAUGUCCGGGAGUGCUUGCGAAAGGGCUAACAGGACCGCUAGCAUCUGGAAUCCCGCCAGUCACUGUGGCCAAGGAAAGAAAGUUCUGGAGGCUUUGGUACCAAAAUUUAAAUGCCCUAACACAUAAACAACAUACAUAACCUCUUGUAAUUCAUUGGCAAAAGCUAGUCACACGACCUUGACAAGCCAGAGAGAGCCCAGGAAGUCCAACUCUACCAGGCUCUAGAAGAUGGAGGUGGAUACCUUGGGUUUACACUAGCAAUUCCAACUUGGAGCAAAUAAGAGAGACCAGACAUCAAUCAAAUGAGUUUUCUAUUAUUUUCUAUUCCAAGUCCCCUUAUACAUUGUUCAGCUAUCACUACACUGGUUUCAGCCCUCUGCUUGCUUGGUUUCCAUCUUUUGUGUGGCAAACAUGGCUAACAUCACUGUAAUCCCUCACUUAGAUGAUGGGAAAGUAUUCGCUGGACAUAUGGCUGCUGGGCUAAAGACUACAUUUCCCAGGAUCCCUUGCAACUAGGUCUUGCCACAUGGGUAGGUGCUGGCCAAUGGGAUGUAUGCAGCGUCUGAGUUCCAGCCUUUUUUAAGCAAAGAGGAUGGUCUCCCUUUCAACCUCUCCCUGAUACUGGAGUAGAGAUGUGUUGUUGGGCAUUGGUGUGUCAGUCUUACACCAUAAGACAGAAGCCACGUUUGCAGGUGGUGGAGCCACAAGCUAGAAAGCUAGAAGAAAGACACACAAUAGAAGUGGUCAGGUCCUGAGGCUGCAGCGAGAGCUGGCAAGCCAGAGACCCAGGGGAAUUGAUGUUUAAGUUCCAGUAUCAAGUCCAAAGGCUGGAAUACCAGGUGCACGUCUCCUCAGGAGGCCUGCAGCUUGAGAUGCAAGAAGAACUGAUGUUUCAGCGUGAGCCCGAAGGCAGGAGGAAGGCUGGUGUCCCAGUUCAGAGGCAGUCAGGCAGAAAGAAUUCUUUCUUACUCUGAGGAGGGUCUGCCUUUUGGUUCUAGUCAGGCCUUCUCCUGAUUGGAUGGUCUCACCCACAGGAAGGAACUUUUAGUUUGCUUUACUAAGUCACCAAUGUAAAUGUUAAUGUCACCCAAAAUACCCUCACAGAAACACCCCGAAAAUAUAAGGCCAGAUUUCUGGAUAUUCUGUGGCCCAGCCAAGCAGAUAGAAAGUUAAACACACACUCCCUGACCUUGGAACUUCCCUCCCUAUGUUCAUAUAACAUGGGAUGGCAUCUUCUUGGACUUCCCAUGAGAGGUCGAUAAGCUUCAUUGAUGUUUAAGUCACUGUCACAUUAGCCUUUCCUAAAGCUGAAUUAGUGGGCUGCCUUGCAUUUUCCUGAGGUCUCUCCUGUCCCACUCAUUUCCCCUCUCGCUGGAGUUCCUCUUGUUCCUCUUCCCUUGAAACUGAAUGUGCUCAUGACUCAGCCAUAGUCACCGCAACAUGGCAGAAAGUCAACCCCCACAACUUGUGCAGUUGUCAGGAAAGGCCAUGCAACAUCUUCCUUGCGAGCUGAAAUGCUCUUGAAACCUUCAGCCAUAAUGCCCGAAGCCCAGCCAUCCUGAAGCCACCAAGCCACGACAAAGCCCGAACUAACCCACACAGAAACCAUGCAGAAAGCCUGGAGACUCCGUGAGGAAGGAGAUUCUCAGCCAGUGGGUUCCAGCUGCCACGGACUCUACUGUUCUAGCCCCACUGUUGCCUGACUAAAAACACUGAGUGGCCCCAAGCUGGAACUUCCCAGCUAAGCCUUUCCUGAUUCCAUCACCCACGGGCCUAUGCAAGAUAAUAAGAUGAUUCCUGCGGUCUGAA